AUGACAGAUUACCCUCGAACAGAGCAUUAUCAAAGGGCUCCACAUACCAAUUAUAACCAUCAAGUCUACAAUAACUUGGAAAAUAGUUAUAUGCCUACUCAGGAAACAAAUUACGACACAUCUGAGUUAAAUACAGCCCAUGUAAAUAAUAUGAACGGUCACACAUCUCACCCGCAAGUCGCAACUUAUCAAACAAAUGGUCAAAAUGGGUUCUCUAUGAAUUAUGGAAAUCCUUUGUCAGAAAUUUCGACAUACCAAACUAAUAGCUUACCGCGAAAUGGGCCGAAUGGGAUUUCGGUGAACACAACUAAUCUUCCAUUAUCCAAUCUGAGUAUAAUUAACACAAGUUCCGGAAGAAUUAUUUGUGUGGCAAACGCUGAAGGUAACAUCUCCAUAAUAAAUAAGCUUGCCGACGAAACACACGCCACUGCAGUUAUCCAUACUGGUAAUUUUGGAUUUUAUGAAAAAGAGAGUUUAGAGCGGAUUAGCGAUAGGCAAGAAUUAAUUUUCGUACAAUCUUUUUGUUCAUCGACGAUCAAUAACAUUGAUAUCAUUUCAUCAAUGGAAGAAGUGCGUCGUGCUAUUUAUGAGUCACCUGAGGGUCUCUCUGAAUUUCCAUACCUCAGAGAUAGAAUAUUAUCUUUCAAAGUUCCUGUAUAUACCAUAUGCGGACAAUGUGAGGAUGUUGUUGUCUUAGAAAAGUUUCGAACGGGUGAAUACAAGGAGGGGCAAUCGCUCAGCAUAAGCAAAUCAACCAUUGCUGGAGGAGGUGGUACAAUGUGGACAACCAUGCUGCAAAUAGGAGAGUUGGUGGAGACUGCUCAAAAAGCUUAUGAUAAAACAGAAACUAGAAUUCUUGUUACUCUAGCAAGUCCAGGUCUUGUGGGGCUUGUAGCGCAGUUGGCUCUUGUUUUGCGUGCCGAUUAUACUAUUUCGUCAGGAAUUCAUUUCCGUUACUGCAUAUCGUAUAAUGAAUUUUCCGUUCAACAUGAUCAUGAACAUUUUCGAAAAAGAUUAGAAGAAUCUCAAAAAAAUUUUUAUGAGUUAUGGGAUACUGUUAAAAAUCAAGUGGAAGCUAGUAUCGAUAUAUCACAAAGACAUUUACUUAAUAAUGCGAUGACUGUUGUCAAUCGUAUUCCAGUGAGUGGACGGGAAGAAGCUUCCUACAAGGGCAUGUGGCACUUUAACUUACCCGAUGCUUCUUACGGUUGGGUAUUGUUGAACAUAAAAGAAGGAAGAAUUUCAGAGGAGACUAAAGCACUCGGUUUCAACUUUGCCUUUCGAAGAAGUGGGACUUUGCCAGGUGCACUUACUAGUCCAUCUUCAAUAGAUGUGCAGGCAAAACGCCAACAAACUCAAUGGCA